UUACAGUGAGACAGAGAGAGGUCUUCCAUCCAUUGGUUCACUCCCCAGAUGGCUACUCUGGGUGCAGCUGCAUUGAUCCGAAGCCAGGAGCCAGGUGCUUCCUCCUGGUCUCCCAUGCGGGUGCAGGGCCCAAGGACUUGGGCCGUCCUCCACUGCUUUCCCAGGCCACAGCAGAGAGCUGGUUGAGAAGAGAAGGAGCCGGGACUAGAACCGGUGCCCAUAUGGGAUGCCGGUACUUCAGGCCAGGGCUUUAACCCGCUGCGCCACAGCGCCAGCCCCUAAACAGAAGAGUUCUAAGUCAAGUGAAGUAUAACCUGAAUGACCAAAACAGUGAUAUUCUCUUAAUUCCCAAAUAUGAGUCAUUUUACAGAUAUAGCUUUUUGAAUGAAGGGAGACUUUUGAAACCCCCUCCUUGUUUUUAAAAAAAGAUUUAUUUAUUUGAAAGGCAGAGUUGCAGAGAGAGAAAGAAGAACAGCUAAAGAGAGACCAUCCAUCUGCUAAUUCAGUCCCUCAAUGGCCUCAAUGGCCAGGGUGGAUCCAGGUAGGAGCCAGGAGCCAAGUGCUUGGGCCAUUCUCUGCUGCUUUCCCUGGCCAUUAACAAGGAGCUGGAGCUGAAGUAGAGCAGCUGAGACUAAAACUGGUGCCCAUAUGGGAUGCCCGCAUGGCAAGCAGCGGCUUAACCUACUGCGCCAGCCCCAGCUGGGCCCUUUUGAGACACGACAUCACUAUUCUGCCAAAAAUUUAUACCGUUAGCUUUUUCCCUAGUCUUUUACAGAGGGACCUGUGACUUUUUUUGCCAGAGUGACUAUGCUGUGGAGAAAAGGAAAUAAUCAGACUUUCCCAGGAUUACCGAACACUGACUGAACUGACAGAAUGACCCAAAAUGUUGUGGCCCACCGUUCAGAGUAGCGGUUUAUGCAGCUCAGGUAGUCAGUGGAAUUUUAGCUCAGGUUCACCCCAGUGGGUCAGUAGGUACCUGUGCCACCCUGUGAUUAUUUCCCCAGUGUUGGAAUGCAAAAUUUGUGCAGACAUAGUUGGCAACCGGCUGAAUCAGUUAUGAGUUUGUUUUUUCAAGAGGAUGAACUCUUUGUUAUCCAGCUCUCCAGAUUCAUACUUUUGGUGACUCUUCAUUGAUGUGGAUAUAAGCUAAUAGUAAAGAAUACAGUUACAUGUAAUUCAGAAAGCAGUAAUCUGGGAUCCUAAGUUAAACUUGGGAGUUUAGUUCUCUCUUGGUUCCUGUAUACAAAGCCAAAGGUCAGAGAAGACCAGUUAGUUAGAUAAUUGUUUGGGGCAGAUUACAGCAUGAAAAACAGAAGCCACCAAGUUCACUUUAUCCUUCUUGCUGCAUGUCACUUUUCCCAAGUAAAGUAAUUUGCACUUGCUCUUUACUUGGGAAUUCUUAAAUCCUUUACAAUUUCAUAAAUAUAUUACAAUUCCAGUCUUUACUUGAAGGCAGUGACUGUUUGCACAUAUACCAAGUGCCAGAAGGGUUACAAUUGUGUGUGAUGUCAAGCAUUUGGUAGUUGGUCAGUGAAAAACUCUGUUGUUGCUUUAUAACCAUUUUUUUUAAAAAAAAGAUUUAUUUAUUUAUUUGAAAGAGUUACAUAGAGAAGGAAAGGCAGAGAGAGAGAGAGAGAGAAAGGACUUCCAUCCGCUGGUUCACUCCCCAGUUGGCCGCAACAGCCGGAGAUGCACCAAUCUGAAGCCAAGAGCCAGGAGCAUCUUCUGAGUCUCUAUGAGGGUGCAGGGGCAAGGACCUGGGCCAUAUUCUACUGCUUUCCCAGACCAUAGCAGAGAGCUGGAUUGGAAGUAGAGCAGCCGGGACUCGAACCGGUACCCACAUGGGAUGCCAGCACCGCAGGCAGCGGCUUUACCCACUACACCACAGCGCCAGCCCCGCUUUAUAACCAUUUUACAUUGGUCUGCUGUACCUGAUCUGAAGGUGCAGAAGAAAAUACUCUGGUUCCUACCCCCUUGAGAAGUUCUAAUGCUGUUGAGAAAACAGUGAAUUAAGUUUCCUGGAGUAGUGUUGAGCAGCUAGGAGAUGGGUCAGUGAAUAUUUCAGAGUCAAGUCCUUCACUGCUCCUGACCUUUGAAGCCUUGGUAGAGUCUGGCCUCAGGCAUCAUCUGCCAGUCUGCAGAGGUUGACUGGAAUUACAAGUCUGUGCUAAUUCACAUGUUUAAAUAUUUUCAAGACUGUAUACAUAUUGGUACCCCUGGGAUGCUUUUAUGUUCUAGUGCAAGGUUUACUAGUUUAGGAAGUGCUAUGGGGGCUGGCAUUGUUGCAGCAAGUUAAGAGGCCACCUGUGAUACCUAUACGUGUGCUGGUUUGAGACCCCCCAAGCACUCCAACUUCCAACCCAGCUCUCUAUUAACGCACCUGGAAAAGCAGUGCAAGAUGGCCCAAGUGCCUGGACCAGGCUCCUGGCUUUGACCUGACCCAGCCCUGACUGUUGCAGCCACUUGGAGAGUGAACCAGCGAAUGGAAGAUCUCUCUCUGUCUCUCCCUUUUUCUGUAAUUCUGCCUUUCAAAUAAAUAAAUUGCUUUUUGAAAGAACUGCUCUGAAGGCUGGAGAUCUUAAAUUGGUGGUAAGGAAGAAGGGGGCUGAAAAUAGAAAGAGUAAAUCAUGGUAAUUUGAGAAAAAACUUAAAAGAUGGUGGUUGCAAAAUGUCAAAUCUUACCUCUGGUGUUGAAGCUUUUGUCAUGUUGUUUUCUAUCAGCAUACAUUGUAGACUUACAUCAGGCAAGAAUGCCAAAAUUUUUUAAGUUGUCCUUCAAGAAAAAAUGGUUUUGUGGGGAAGUUACUGGGUUUCUGUUUUUUUGUUUGUUUGUUUUUUGUUUGUUUGUUUGUUUUUUGACAGGCAGAAUUAGACAGUGAGAGAGAGACAGAGAGAAAGGUCUUCCUUUUUUCUGUUGGUUCACCCCCCAAGUGGGUGCUAUGGCCGGCACGCUACACCGAUCUGAAACCAGGAACCAGGUGCCUCCUCCUGGUCUCCAUGUGGGUGCAGGGCCCAAGGACCUGAGCCAUCCUCCAAUGCCUUCCUGGGCCACAGCAGAGAGCUGGACUGGAAGAGGAGCAACCAAGACAGAAUCCGGCGCCCCAACUGGGACUAGAACUCCGGGGUGCUGGCACCACAUUGCAGAGGAUUAGCCAAGUGAGCCGCGGCACCGGCUGAAGUUACUGGUUUUAACAUUGAGAAGUUUAAAUUUAUAAUCAGAGUUGUGCUCUAAGGAACAAGGCUUUAUUAGAACUGUGUAAUUCAAACUUGUAAUUAUAGAAAAGAUUAUAACCAAGUCAUUCUUUCAAGAUCUGAACAUCUUAGCUGUUGACAUCUCUGGCAUUUUUAACAAGGAAAGAGAGCUGGACUGAGGAAAGUCAUUGACACCAGAUGAGCCACCCAGCAGGUGAUCUGUGUGGUUUAAGUCCAUGAGAACUACCUGCGCUUUCUCAGCGGACCAUAGUGAGACUUUAAUCCCUCAACUCUCACGUUCUCAAGUUCUUCGUUUUGACUCCUUUUUUCAUCAGUGGAGAUGAUAUUUUCAGAAGGGUGUAUUUUGUGUUAAGUCUGUUUAGGCAUUGUGACCCCUGGGUAGAGUCCCUACUUGGGACACUCACAUCCUGUAUUGGAGUCCCUGCUCAUGUCACGGUUGCUUCCUGCCUUUGCAUUUGGGAGGCAACAGAUGCUGGCUCAAGCGCUUGGGCCAUGUGGAAUAUUCAGAUGGAGUUCCUGGCUCCUGACAUCUGUUUAACCUAACCCUGGCUAUUGCAGGCAUUUGGAGAGUGAAGCCAGCAGAUGGAACACCACCUUCUCUGUGUCUCCCUCUCUUUCUGCCAAUCUGCCUUUCGAAUAAAGACAUCUUUUAAAAAACACCACAUGCUGGGUGACUUUAACAGAAUUUUGUUUUUCACAGUGCUGGAAACUAGGAUGUCCACAGUCAAGUUGCUAGCAGAUGACGUGUCUGGUGAGGGCUGGUGCAUUGACAGCCAUUUUUUCACUAGAACCUCACAUGGUAAAGGGCCAACAGCCUGUUGGUUUUGCACUGACAGACCUUUUUUAUAUUCUUAUUGUUUUUAUGUUUUUUAAUUUCAUUUUCGAGAAUCUAAGAUCUCUUUUGAGUCUCUGUCUUCUUUUGGUCAUUCUUUCUCCUUGACCAUUUCUCUUCUUUCUUAUGCGGCUCCUCUAAUUUGCCCCUCUACAAUACUGAUUUGGUAAAACUUGAUAAACAUUGGAUGCAAGAACUGAAGUGAUAGGAAGAUUCCUGGCUGACUUCCAUGUAGCUUUUUGUCUUGGGCACCAAAUGGGAUUGGGAAGACUAGGUAUUAAUGAGUACCUUAUGAGGUGCUUUGUGUCCAGAAUAAACAUUUGGGCAGUCCAGGUUGGUUGAGAGACAAAAAGAUCUGAGUAGGUGUUGUGGCACAGCAGAUUAAGCCACUGCUUUGGACACCCACAUCCCUUAUUGGAGUGCCUGGGAUGAGUCCUGCCUCUGCCUUCCAAUCCAGCUUCCUGCUAAUGCAUCUGGGAGACAACAAAUGAUGGCUCAAGUUUUUGAGUCCCUCCCCACAACAUGAGAGACCUAGAUAGAAUUCCUUCCUCCUGACCCAGCCCUGGUUGUUAGUGGGCAUUUGGGGAGUGAACCAGAGGAUGGUUCUCUCGAUCUCUCUCUCUCGCUGUCUUUCUCUUUUUCUCCCCACCCCCCACCAGCUCCACCCCUUCUGCAUUUCAAAGAAACAAGAAUUGAAAAAAGAUCUGGAUAGAAAAUACAAAUUCGGGGUCCAUCACUUUAAUGGAUGCAAAACUGUUUACUCAUAGAAGGUGUGUAGAGUAGUCAAAGAGCUCAAACUUAAAGAGAAGUCUAUGGAUGAGGCUGAGAAGGAAACUCCAUGAUAAAAUGGCGGAAGAAAACUGGAGGCAUAGAAACAAGUCUUUGAACAAGUAGGAAGCAAGUGGUAAGAACAACUCUGCAACAGAAUGAAAGGCCUAACAGGUAUGAGUCAGAACUCAUUGAGUGGUUUGUGGUGGGAGGGCAAUGUAUGUGAAAAAGAAGCAGCUGUUGUUUUUAAGAAACUGCUGGUCAAAGAGAGAGAAGAAAUUGGGCAGAUAUGACAGAUCUAUUUUCUUGGUUUGUAUCUAUAUGUCAAAGGAAAGAAUCCAAUGGAGAGGGCAGUUGAAGAUAAAAGAGAGAGAAAUGGCAGUUAAAUAAAUGUGAGGAAAAUGUAGUCAAUGAUAAUUUUGGUUCACUUAUAAAAGGAGGAAGAUGAUAGUUUUAUCUGAUUAUUCAUUAAACAAAUAUUUAAUGAGCGCUGCUGUGUGUCAGCUAGUCUUUGUUUUGUCUUGAUCCUUGUGGGACCGUUAAAGAGUAAACAUAAUAAGCAGUUAAAUUAUACAGAAUGUUGCAAGAUGAAUGCUCUGAACAAAAGGAACUAAGAGCAAAUUAAGGAAGAUGAGAAUGCAGUAGUGUUUCAGUUUUAAGUAGUAUGGUCAAAGUAGUCUUUAUAGGUGGCUUGCAGAUAUCGGGAAAAGACUGUUCCAAUCGGAGAAAACAACUGGUGCAGUAACUUUAAGGCAGGGGCCUUUUUAGCAUGAUGACAGAGCUGCAAGGGAGCGGGGGAGGGCAGAGUCAGUGAAGACUAGAAUGAGAGGAAGAAAUAGGUGAGGUGAGGGAAGAGAUUAGGUAUGGCUUUGGAAGCAGGUGUACAGACUAGGCUCUCACUCCAAGAGAAGUUUUUAAACAGGAGGGUCAUCAUCUGACUUAAAUUUAUCGUCUGACAAAAGUAAGUUGUAAGAUGCUUGGAGAGAUUGGGCAAGGUGUAGAAAAGUCCUUGAGGGGAAUGUGGAAGAGAGCCAACCAGAAACCAUGAAUUGUCAUAUAGCAAACAGAGAGCCUUUCGAGAUAGGAUGAUGUUUGAAUACUGUCUAUAUGUGCUGCUACUGAUCUACUCAGUUGUAUAGACUUCAGGAGCAGUGCUCAACUGUUGAGAUGUAAUUGUGGAAAAAAACAGCUGGACAGUCUCAGAGUUGGAUUUUGUGGGAUGGUGUGGCAGAAGGACAAGGCGGUGAUUCCAGGAAUGUGCAGUAGAAGAUAAGCUGGUGAAGACCUCAGGCUGAAACAAGGAGGACCCGCUAGACUUGAAAAAGGAAAGGGAAGCGGGGGAGGGGACGCUAGGAGGAGGCUGUGGAUGACAGAGUGGAGGCUGGAAAUAGAAGUAGCUGCAGACUGGGAUAGUGCAGCUGUGAGGAUUUAAUUUGUGAAGAGCUAGCAGGUGAUUUCAAGGUUAAGGACAUGACUAGAAAUGAUUUCUCAAGAACCUAGGUGUAGAAUAAUAUGAAAUACAGAUGGUUCCUGUCAUAGACCUUGUAAAAUCCUUAGAGUUUCCUGGGUGAUGGGAGUAUUUUUUUUUUUUUUUUUUUGAAGUUUAAAAUGAGGUCCCUCCAUAAUGUGUGCAAUUAUGCUAGUGAGGUUGGGGGCUAGUCUCCAGAAAGGGAUUAUAGGAUUGGAACUUCCAGUCCCACCCUCCCUCCUCUGGGAAGGGGCUAGAGAUCAGAGAACUUGCAUUAUAUAAACCCUUGAACAAUAAGAUAAAGUGAGUUUUCAGGUGCCGAACACAUGGAUGUGCCUGAAGGGUAGUGUGCCCAGAAAAACCAUAGGAGCCCCUCACCAUAUACCUCACCCUUUCUGUCUCCUUUUGGCUUUCAUCUGUAUCUAUUAUAAUAUCUUUAUAGUACACCAGUAAAUACAAAUAAAUGUUUCCUGAGUACUGUGAGUCUUCCUAGCAAAUUUGUCAAACCCAAGGAGGAUUUAUGGAAUUAAUUGAACCCAAGAUGGGAACUCCCAAGUUCUAGCCAUUCAAGUCAGAAGUGUAGGUGACCACCUUCACUUGUGAUUUGCAUCUGAAAUAGGAAGUAGUCAGGACUACACCCUGAACCUGUGAGAUUUGACUCAAGGUCUUAAGAUAGGUAGCAUUUGAUGGAGUGAAUGUGAGACACUUAGUGUCGAGAGAAUUGUUUAUGGUGUGAGGGGGGAUCUCUACAUUUGAUUACAAAGGUAUUAUGUAUUGUGAGAGUAGAGGGGAAACAGUUUUUUCCCUUACACUAGGAUUACUUGAAUUAAUGGCCAAAGUUUAGAUGAUCGAAGACCCUACUGCAUGAGCCUGGUUUGACCAGAUCACUGGAUAGGAAGAUGAAGAAGGGAAGCUAGCACUAGCUCUAGACGCUGAAGUCUGUCACCAUCCUUCAAAAUGCAAUGGAACAUACCAAGGACUAUAUCUCGACUGGCACACAGGACGUGCCUGGAACCACAGAAAGCUGGUCUCUUGGGACACUGUCAAGCCAUAAAGGGACCAUUAAUCUUGUCUAAUGCUGAAUCCAAAGUGGUUUUGGCACAAGGCCCUCAAAAACAGUGGCUGCACUUACCUGCUACCCAGUGUGUUGCAAAACAGAGGAAGCCUUUGGCUGCUCAUCGCCCCCAACCCGGGACCCUGCACCAUAAACCAUGGGAGCAAGCCACUCUAUUCCAGAGGGCUUUAUCAUCCAAGGCCACAGCCCAAGGAGCUCCUUCGGAAAAAAAGGAAGAGCCUGAUCCUUUACAAGACAAAUCCAUUAGUCUUUAUCAGCGAUUUAAGAGAACAUUUAGACAAUAUGGGAAAGUCUUGAUUCCAGUGCAUCUAAUAACUUCUGGUGUGUGGUUUGGAACAUUUUAUUAUGCAGCCAUCAAAGGAGUGAAUGUCAUUCCUUUUCUAGAACUCAUUGGGUUACCUGACAGCAUAGUAAACAUCCUGAAAAAUUCCCAGAGUGGAAAUGCACUGACAGCAUAUGCCAUGUUUAAGAUUGCAACACCUGCCCGGUACACAGUGACCUUGGGAGGGACGUCCUUCACUGUGAAGUACCUGCGCAGCCGAGGCUACAUGUCCACCCCGCCGCCCGUGAAGGAGUACCUGCAGGACCGCAUGGAGGAGACCAAGGAGCUGCUCUCCGAGAAGAUGGAGGAGACCAAGGACAGGCUCACUGAGAAGCUCCAGGAAACCAAAGAGAAAGUUUCUUUCAAGAAGAAAGUGGAGUAGGGUCCUUACACGACAGCAAACGCCUGUACUCCGAUCCUUUGGGGACUGGGCAAAGAUGUGUGCUUCUGGGUUGUUUUAUAUUUUUGUUUUUGUUGGUGGUUAGUCGCCUGACUAUUGUAGUAGUCUGAGGGCUAAAGAAUUCAGAUACUGUUGUACAGUUAAAUAUCACAAGAAAAAUCAGUGUUUUUUGAAAGGAAAGAAUGAACCCUGUAUAAGUCUCUCACAGCAGCAGCCAUAAGCAGUGGCUGCCGUCUUAGGCAUCAGAGUUCCCUGUGAGGCUCUUCAGGGUCCUGUUUGCUGCAGCUUUCACUGGCUGUGCUGGACUCCUCAGAUAACUGUUAACCCUGCUAACGCUCAUGUGUCCACUAAGGUUUUAACUGUAUUUUCCCUGUGGAGACAAACUAGCAUCAUCAGAACUGCCUGUGAAUAAGCGGGGAGUUAGUCUUUCUAUAAAAAAUUAUCUUAACAGUUACCUACGCAUUAAAGUAUAGACCCUAUUAGAUGAAGAAAGGCAAAUAAAAAUUCAGUCAUAUAUUUGUAAAUGAGAUGUACUGGUUAUAUGUACAUAGGAAAUGGACCUUUAAACUGAUUUUUACCUGAAGCUCAUCAUUAUCAAAAUUUUUAAAGCAAUCUCUAUGGCCAUAGUACCUUUUCAAAGCCGUGCAUUGGUGGUGAUCAGCGGAUGGAAAACAUGGUUGUGAGUCCUGGGUGUCCUCUCUGACUCGUGUCUCAGAAGACAAGUGAUAUGAUUGCCCUGUGGGUGUGCUGUGAGGCCACGUGUUCCUGCACAGCUGCCUGGCGCGGGAGACAGGGUGGCCUCCAUUGUCUCCUCAUGGAGCCCGCACAGCUCGUGCAGCAAACCAGUGUCUUUCUUUCAGUGUUAAUGUUGAUUGCAUCAUGGAGCAAAUUUUUUAAGUUGCUGCUGAUUUUUUGUUGUUGUUGAAAUAGCAAAAUUGUCAUUAAAUGACCUUUUUGAAAUGAUGUCUGGCCAUUGUUGGACACAAGAGCUGCCCUGACAGUGGCACGCGUGAGUUUGCGUGUGUCUGUUUCCUUUUGCUCUCUCAGCUUUUACUUCCAUUGCAACAAGGGAGCUGGAGUUGGAGGAGAAAGUAGUCUCUUGAUGGUGUCUGCUUUGCCUUCUCUGCUAAUAUGACAGAGUGUUGGUGGGUUUGCCACACGGUCCUGCAGGGAGCCCUGCUAUUUGGCAGGAUUGUUUUUUCAACCAAAUUUUUAGUUAGGCCAAAGUUUUAAAGAGUGGUUUAAAGGGGAGAAAUGCCUUUGAUUCACGUGUGCUAUGUUGGAGUACUUUUUCAGCGAGCGCGCUGCAGCUGGCAUCUCUGUGGAGAUGGAGUGGGGAUGAGGGCAGGAGCUGGCUGUGCUUUCUUGUGCCGCUGUCUCCGGCUGCCGAGCGGGAAUGCCCUCUCCACCCCAGCCACCCCUUUGCACGUCUGAUCAUUAACGUGUUGUAGUACAUUUAUUAAAUCACAUUUUUGCAGCUAUUAAAUGCUAAGAUAUUAAUAGA